UGUGCACAUGUGCGCAUGCGUCAUGCCCAUUUGCAGGGACUCGCUCGCACUUUCUACCGCGUCCCGUUAUUACCGUUAUUACCGUUAUUACCGUUAUCCAGGCCAAGCUGUCAUCCUAGUUCCAUCUUCUCCAGCCCAACCGGACACGGCGGGCCUCGCCUCGGUGAUACUAGCGGGACAAACGCACAACAUACUUCCUCAAGUGGAGAAGCAGCUUUUACUGAGACCUUUUCUCUCAAGAUGAAGUUGGACAGGGGUUGGAUGUGGUGCAUGCUGCUCCUGUGCUCCCUGGCUGUGGCAGCUGUAGCGGCCCAGGAGAAGAAUUUGGAGAUUGAUGUUUCAGAUGUUGAUGAAGACAUGGGGUUGGACGAGGAGGAAUUAAAGGUUCUGAUGGCAGAAGAGGAGGAGGAGGAGGAGGAGGAAGAGGAGGCGACAGUGAUGGAUGAAGAUCACUCUGAUGAGACAGACGGCACAGCAAGUGCUGGAAUGGAUGCAAAUGUCUCCUUCCAGGUAACAUACAAGACUCCUGUUCCCACUGGAGAGGUCUACUUUGCAGAGACGUUUGAUGAUGGAUCACUGCACAGUUGGCAUCUGUCAAAGACGGUGAAGGGGGAUGCAGAUGAUGACAUCGCCAAAUAUGACGGGAAGUGGGCUGUGGAGCAGCUGAAGGAGAACAAAGUUCCAGGAGACCAGGGUCUGGUGCUCAAGUCCCGGGCCAAACACCACGCUAUCUCUGCAAUGCUGAACAAACCCUUUGUCUUCCAAGAUGAACCUGUGGUCGUACAGUAUGAGGUGAAUUUCCAGGAUGGUAUCGACUGUGGUGGAGCAUAUAUCAAACUGCUUUCAGACACUGGCAAACUCAAUCUAGAGCAAUUCCAUGACCGUACACCCUACACCCUCAUGUUUGGACCAGACAAGUGUGGCGAGGACUACAAGCUGCAUUUCAUCUUCCGCCACCAGAAUCCUCUGAACAAAGACACGGAGGAGAAGCAUGCCAAGAGGGCUGAUGUCGACCUCAAGAAGUUCUACACUGACAAGAAGACUCACCUCUACACUUUGGUCCUGAACCCAGACAACAGCUACGAGAUGUUCAUCGACCAGUCUAGUGUUAGCCGCGGCAGCCUGCUGCAUGACGUGGUACCUCCAGUCAACCCACCCAAAGAGAUAGACGAUCCCAAUGACUCCAAGCCGGAGGACUGGGAUGAGCGGGCCAAGAUUCCUGACCCUGAGGCUGUCAAGCCUGACGACUGGGAUGAAGAUGCUCCAGCAAAGAUUGAGGACCCUGACGCUUUGAAGCCGGAGGGCUGGCUGGACGAUGACCCAGGGUUUGUCCCCGAUCCUAACGCUGAGAAGCCAGAGGACUGGGACGAGGAGAUGGAUGGAGAGUGGGAAGCCCCGCAGAUUCCUAACCCAGCCUGCGAGACGGCCCCCGGCUGUGGGGAGUGGAAGCGUCCCAAGAUCAAUAACCCUCAGUACAAGGGCAAGUGGAAAGCCCCUCUGGUGGACAAUCCCAACUAUCAGGGAGUCUGGAAGCCGCGUAAGAUCGAUAACCCGGACUAUUUUGAGGACCUGCAGCCGUUCAGGAUGACACCUUUCAAGGCUGUGGGCUUGGAGUUGUGGUCCAUGACCUCAGAUAUCUACUUUGACAACUUCAUUAUCACCUCUCACAAGGAGGUGGCCGACCGCUGGGCCUCUGACAGCUGGGGGCUGAAGAAACUGGUGGCUAGCGCUAACGAGCCGGGGAUUUUUGCUCAGCUGAUGAUUGCUGCAGAGGAACGGCCGUGGCUCUGGGUGAUCUACAUCCUGACAGUUGGCCUGCCUAUAGGACUGGCUGUGCUCUUCUGCUGGCCAAAGAAAUCAGAUGACGACUACGUAUACAAGAAGGUGGAUCCUCCUCGGGCUGAUGUAGAAGAAGAGGAAGAGGAGGAGGAGGAGGAAGAAGAAGAAGAAGACGAAGAAGAAGAAGAAGAAGAAGAAGAGGAGGCAGCAGCAGAAGAGGAAGACAAAGCAGCUGAGGCUAAAGAAGGAGCACCAGCAGCAGCAACAGAAGAGGAGGAGGAGAAUGAAGUCGAUGCAGGAGGUGACAAUCUAGAGGGUGAUGAUGAUGAGGAAGAAGAGGAAGAGGAGGAGGAGGAGGAGGAGGAGGGAGAAGAGGAGAGCAGAGCUCCUGAGAGAACAUUAGAAGAGGAGCCAAAGGAGGGAGGAGAUGUUGCCGGAGAGAGCCACAAACAAGCUGUGAGGAAGAGGAGGGUACGGAAAGACUGAGGAGGUGAACCCCACGCCUACUGUCUCCUUUCUCCCCCCGAUGCAGAGGAGAUGGAAGGGCCGUCUCCGCUGCUGCUCCCCCCCUCUCUCCAAGCGGAGCAGCAUGCAUUUCCUCCAAACCACCUGGUAGCCUGCAGUCACCCCUCAGCUACACCCAUCACAGGGCCGCAGCCUCCAUAACCACAUUCUGCAUCGUUCUUCGUCUCGUCCUGUCUCUCCCUCCUGCCUGCUCAUUGAACGAUCCCAUGAAUCCCCCGGAGAUUCUGUGCAUUUAGAUGUUUUCCCUCCUCUCAUCCUGAGCUACCACUUUCUUCAUCCUUCUCCUCUUCUCUAAGCCGUCGCUGUCAAAAAUGCCUGUCAGCCCUAAAAAGGGCCGCCUCUUCCACCGCCGGUCCUGUUCACCCCGUCUCUUCUGUCAGUCUUCUCUCUGAAUAUACGCCAUCAUAGAUCUACCAGUCUGUAUCCUUUGAGAACAAUGGCAGCAGCAAUCGUCUGUGCUGCUGUCGACUCCAGUUGUUCAUACCAUUUUACAUCAUAUCAUAGGGGCUACAUCUCACAAGUUAGACUUUAUUCUUGUGUCCUUUUUGUUUUAAAGAACACGUUCGAGGACACAGUUCCAUCCUCAUUUGAAAUUGUUGGGGUUUGAAGAACAGGCCGGGAGGAGAGGACGCCUAGGAAAGGCUGUUUGAAAUGUUACUACAGUGUCAAGACAUUACAGCUGAUAAGUCGCCUCAGCUUAGGGUUCAAAGUUUACCUCUUUAAAAAUGGAUGUUCUGUUUAGAUUUUAGCUAGUUUGUAAUGAGCAUCAGUUACUUUUGUGUUUUUUACUCAGUUAUAGCAGUUUAAGAUUUGAGGAUUAGCACAUAGAUUACCCUAUUUAUUUGUUUUGUUUUAUGCUGGUAUGAAUACAGAUUUAAUAAUUCAGUGUUUUGAGUGACUUGAGGCAGUUUUCUUGAAUAAGAUAUGCCACUGAUGUGCUUAUUCUGAACCGAGGUCUGUUUGAAAUGCUUUACCUGAUCAAACACUGAAUGCCUUGGCCAUCAGUUGUCAGUAAAUAUGUGGGUUUCUGCAGUCUCAUUCAGUCAUUACACAGCAGUACUUUACCAGAAUAUCUAGACCAGUUGGAGUUCAGAUCCUACAUUAUUGCCUGAGAAAAAAAACAUUGAUGCUAAUUAAUUUGUUUUAUAUUAUUGUCUCAAGCUUUUGUAGUUCAUGUUCUUGCCAGAUUCUGGCAGAUAUACCCGUUUACAUUUGUUUGCAAAUUGUACAUUGCUCUUGAAAAUAAAACUAUUUAAUACAAAAAAAA